AUGUUCAAUCUUAGUGCUACACUCAAUGUUGGUCGGUUGGCAUACAACCCGUCGUUAUGCUUACCGCAUUUAGUGAUCCCGACGUUCGAAGAGUUCCCUGUGCCGCUCAUCAUCCGCAACCACCAUAUAAAAGCCAUAGUGUUUGACAAAGACAAUUGUAUAGCCAAAGACCACGACGAUAAGCUCUGGCCACAGUACAGUACAGUCUGGGACAAGGUCAAGCAAGAGUACCCCCUUGAGAACCUCUUGAUAGUCAGUAAUUCUGCUGGAACCAACGAUGACUUGGACCAUAGUCAAGCCGUAGCAGUAGAACAAGACACGGGAGUCGCAGUACUUCGUCAUUCCACUAAGAAACCAGGCUGUUAUCCUGAGAUCUUGGACCAUUUUGCCCGAAGAUCCAUCCUGGCCAACGAAAUAGCCAUCGUAGGCGAUAGACUCUUUACAGAUAUGCUUAUGGCCAACAUGAUGGGGUCUUGGGGAGUAUGGAUACGUGAAGGUGUUGAGGUUAGUAAUAAGAUGUUCCCUCGUUUUGAAAGAGAUUUGUAUGAACGUUUGGUGGCUGGGAAGAGCAAUCCAUUCGUUGCACCAACUCCGAAAACAUAG